AUGGCGCACCUCCUGGGCCACCCCAGCUGCAUGGAGAGCCUGCAGGCCGACCUGAGGGACCUGCAGGCAGCCAUCGCCGACGUCUCCUCCCGGGCUGGGGCUGUGCGUUUUCCCUCCUGGAAAUUCCCCAAUAAAGUGUCCUGCGACCUGGACCUGGCGGCGCUGCUGGAGCGGUACGGCUACGCCGAGAACGAUCCCGAAUUCACCCAGCACUCCCACGUGGUGCUGCUGGAGCUGGUGAUAGACAGACUGCUGCUGCUGCUUCAGAGCUUCACGGGCUACACAGAAAACCUGCUCAGCGAGCGAGCCAUCCCCCCGGUGCAGGCAGUGGGACCCUGCAUGUCCGCGGGGCUGACGGCGAGGAGGUACUGGUGCAGCAUGCUGAAACUGGGGGCCUUCUACCAGCAGCUUCUGGCCGAGAAGGUGGCUUGCAGGAAGGAGAUCCCCACGCUGCAAUCCACUUCCCAGGCUGGGAUACCUAAGAAGGAGCGCCUGAAACACUGCUCGCCUGAUGUUUUGGAGUUAAGAACUUCCACAGAGGUUGCCCGGUCUGCUUCUCUGCGCCUGUCGCUGAGUGUCCGUGCACCAGAUAGCGACGCCUCGGGCAGCUCCCCGCCCAGGGCUGCCUGCAGCGUGGCUGAGAGCAGCCGCAGCAUCCCCACACAGACAACUGCGAGAUCCCCACGCAGAUCUCCAGGACCCUGCGACACCUGCGCCAGCGCCCAGGCCAGCCUCCGCGAGGUGGGCAAAGCCAUCACCAGCAUCUGCCAGAGCCAGAACAUCCCCUCAGCUCUGAGCAGGUUCCAGGAGAUGGUGGAGGAGAGCACAGGGAGAAGGACCCUCUCUGCAACGGACAUGAGCUACUGGGCCUCAGAGCAGAGCAAGGACCUCUCCCGGAUCAGCAAACACCUCCAGAUGCUGCUGCAGCAGGUCAACCCUCUGAAGUCUGAGCUGGAAGAGUUGGCGAAACAGAAGGACAAGCUGCGGAAACAGGUUGAGGACUUUUCCCAGUUGCUUCAGGUGGAGAAGGAGACCCAAGCACAGCAGAGGAAGGAGGCCGAGCAGAACCUGGAAGUAAAGAAUAAAGAGUAUUUAGAGGCUGUAGCCAGGCUGGAGCGGGACAAGGACGACCUACGGAGAGGAGCUGCUCUGCUGGAAGAGCGACUCUCCGCCUUAAAGGAGGAGCUGGCUGCGAAGCAGGCUGCUGUGCAGGAGCUGGAGGUGACCAAGAUGACCUUGCUGGAGGAGAUGAGGACCACGAUGGUGGCCAGCAGCCGGGUGCUGGAGCUGGAAGAGAAGGUGCAGCUGCUCACCGGCCAGCAGGAGAGCCUGGGCCAGGAGCUGAGCGCCACCACCACCCAGCUAGAGAAGGAGAAGGCCAAAGUGGAGAACAUGCUGAGGCACCAGGAGUCCUUGCAGGCCAAGCAGAGAGCCCUGCUGCAGCAGCUCGACAGCCUGGACCAGGAGCGCAAUGAGCUGCAAGCCAGCCUGGGAGAGGCCGAGGAGGGCAAAGCCAGGCUGGCAGAGCAGCUGGAGGAGAGCCGGGAGCGGAGCGGGCACCAGCUACGGGCGCAGCAGGAGCUGCUGGAUGCACUGCAGCAGGAGAAGCUGAGCCUGGAACAGUCUGUCUCGGAGCUGCAGGCGAACGUCUCCAAGCUAGAGGAGCGGGUGCGGGAGCUGAAGGAGCGGGAGAGGCUCCUGGUGUUCUUCCCCGAGCUCCACGUCCCCACUGAGACUCAGUUUGAGAGCACCGGGAGCUUGACGGAGGACAUGGAGAAGCAGCUGCAGGCCAACAGCAUCCGGAUCAGUGUGCUGGAGCAGGAGAACGCGCGGCUCAGGUCUGCGCUAGCCAAGGUGAAGGCGGCUGCUGAGCAGGGCGUGCUGAAGACCCAGCUGCGUUCUCAGCUCAGCAGCCAGCACCGCGGGGAGACCGGCAGGCAGGACGCAGGAGCGGCGAUGGGUCUGUCCCUGGAGCGUGUCCGUCGGGCCAGCUAG